CAGGCAGCUUAGGGCCCCGCCGCAAACACGGCGGUCACCGGCGGGCGCGCGGUUAAGACCGAGAGCCCUGCGUUUGACAAGAGCGAGCACCUAUGAGUGGGGUGCACUAGGGAACGGCUCACGUCUUUCGCAGUGACUUUCUUCCUGUGUUUCUCGUAGAUUACCCUGCGAAUAAAUGGGCGAUUUCUGCUCCGACUGCUUGCGGGAAAAUGAAGCGGCUCUGUCGGAAGCUGACUUUAUCGUUGGUGGUGCUCGUGUGGCUAGGAGCACUGGUCUACCUACUAGUGUUGAGUCGCAGAAAAGUGCCGGACCUGCGGAGUGAGGAGGACACGCAUAGCAGAAAGAUCUCAGAUGCGGAGUGGGAUGACCUGCUGGAGGAGUUUGAGGAGAAGAGCUACUUGAGUGUCCAGAGAUGGAAGCCAGGAGAUGACCCCUACAAGCUGUACGCCUUCAACCAGAGAGAGAGUGAGAGGAUCCCUAGCAACAGGGCCCUCCGAGACACACGACACUACAGGUGUACUACACUCCACUAUAACCCUGACCUGCCUUCCACCUCCAUCAUCAUCACCUUUCACAACGAGGCUCGCUCCACCCUGCUACGCACUAUCAGAAGUGUGCUUAACCGGACUCCUGUUCACCUCAUCCAUGAGAUAAUCUUGGUGGAUGACUUCAGUGACAAUGCAAACGACUGCCUUCUACUCACCAAGCUGCCAAAAGUCAAGUGUCUUCGCAAUGACAAAAGAGAAGGUCUGAUUCGCUCGCGGGUGAGGGGGGCGGACUAUGCCUCCGCAGGGGUUCUCACUUUCCUGGACAGCCACUGUGAAGUCAACAAGGACUGGCUCCCCCCCUUGCUGAACAGGAUCAAAGAGGACCCUAGCUGUGUGGUCAGUCCAGUCAUCGAUAUCAUCAACAUGGACACCUUCGCCUACGUAGCAGCAUCCUCAGACCUCCGCGGAGGGUUUGACUGGAGUCUCCAUUUCAAGUGGGAGCAGUUGUCUGCAGAGCAGCGCACCCAGAGAGCUGACCCCACCGAACCUAUUAAAACUCCCAUCAUUGCUGGCGGCCUGUUUGUGAUUGACAGGUCGUGGUUCAAUCACCUGGGGAAGUACGACACAGCCAUGGAUAUCUGGGGCGGGGAAAACUUCGAGAUUUCGUUCCGGGUUUGGAUGUGUGGGGGGAGUUUAGAGAUCGUCCCCUGUAGCAGAGUGGGUCAUGUCUUCAGGAAGAAACACCCCUAUAUCUUCCCAGAGGGCAAUGCCAACACAUACAUCAAGAACACGCGACGCACGGCCGAGGUGUGGAUGGAUGAAUUCAGACUGUUCUACUACUCAGCUCGCCCAGCGGCUCGCGGCAAAUCCUACGGAGAUAUCCGAGGCAGGGAGGAGCUGCGCAAGAGGCUGAAGUGCAAAACCUUCAAGUGGUAUCUGGACAACGUCUAUCCCGAACUCAAGGUGCCAGACGAUGCAGACUCCAAGUCGGGCAUGAUCCGCCAGAGGCAGAACUGCCUGGAGUCCAGGAGGGAUGAGGGGCAGGAGUUGCCCGUUCUAACCCUGGUACCGUGCAUAGGCACCAAGGCUAUACCUGCCAUCAACCAGGAGUGGAUCUACACACACGGACAGCAGAUCCGGCAGCAGCAACACUGCCUGGCUCUCUCCACCACCUUUCCCGCCUCCCAGGUGCAGCUCAUGCCCUGCAACAUGGGCGACGGAAAACAGCGCUGGCAAAAGUCUGGGACCCAUCUGGAACACCUGGCCUCCCACUUCUGUCUGGACAGUGAGAUGGCUCUGGACGGCCUGGACAGCAGCCGUAUGCUGGUCAUCAGCCCCUGUGAACUCUCUGCCUACACCCAGAGAUGGGAGGUGCCCUUCUCAUGACCUCUGGCUUUUGAACUUUUGUUGCCACCGUUGCACCGCGGCACUCUGGGAGAUGCAGUUUCUUUCAGCACUACAGCAGAACUACAACUGUUGUGCCUAGAAAGCUACUGUAACCAAGAGCUUGGAGAGGAAGAGUGGGAGAAAUUGAGAGAGAGACACAGAGAGAAAGAGAGAGAGGGGAAGAGAAAAGUGAAGAGGAUUAGGUUGACUUUCUUCUUCUCUAUUGUUCUCCUAUUUUACAGAGAUACUCAUGAGAUGUCAGGAACUGUGCUUGGUGUCAACGAGCAGCACACUGUUUCAAACGCUUCCAUGUCUGUCACUGAAGCCCUGGAAUCCCUGUUGAAGAUAACCUAACUACAUCUUAUCCAGCGAUUGAUGGUUCAGAAGUCUGACACAGUAGAGAAGCAUUGUUAUUGGGCCAUUUGGAAUAUGAGGUUAAGGGAGGUCAAAUGACUGAUUUUGAUAUCCAUUUUUGGAUUUCUGAAAAUAAGGUUUCAUAAUUUUCAUUUCAUUUUAUUGAAAUGGUGGUUGCAUACAUAUGAUUGCAGUGACCUGACAGCUAAAUGCAGACAGCACACACACCCAUCUGCUGUUGUAUUUUACUGGAAAUCAAAUAAAAUAUGACAAGUGAAUUUCUCCUUACCCUGAUAAUUACUUAAAUGAUAUGGGUGAAUACAGGUAAAGUGGGACACUUUCAGAAAAAUGGUUUUGUAUGUAACUUUCUUCCAUGAAUGCAUUGCCACAUAAUCAAACAUGAUACAUUCAUGAAAAGCUUAAAGU